AGUUGUGGUAGCGCGGUGCCAGCCGCUGUCCUCGCCCUGCCUCCUCACCUGCCACCGGAGCGCGUCCCUUCAUCCAGAGGCUCGCUCGGGCUCCAGGCGACAGCUGUCCGGUGCACGCGGCCGGGUCCCGGCUCGGUGGACGUCGGUCCGGUGUCCCGUCCCUCGGGGGACAUGUCAAGGCAGGCGCGUUUCACCCACGGAGCUCGUCGUGGCUUUCGCGCAGCUUUGUGAGGCGCGUCCCUGUGGAAACGUCCGCCCGCUCGUCCCCGCUAGCCGGCUGGCGAGGUGUGAAAAGUCGGUGUCAUGACUGGAGCUGAGACUGAGGAUGAUAUUCCGUUAGGCGAGAGGAAGACGGUCACAGAUUUCUGCUAUCUGCUGGACAAGUCCAAACAACUCUUCAAUGGACUCCGAGACCUGCCUCAGUACGGACACAAGCAGUGGCAGUCCUACUUCGGACGCACGUUUGACGUCUACACCAAGCUGUGGAAAUUCCAGCAGCAGCACAGGCAGGUCCUGGACAGUCGCUAUGGCUUGAGGAGAUGGCAGAUUGGGGAAGUUGCAUCCAAAAUUGGACAGCUUUACUACCACUACUACCUUCGGACCUCAGAAACAAGUUACCUGAACGAGGCCUUUUCCUUCUACUCCGCCAUCCGCCAGCGCUCCUACUACUUUCAGGUCAACAAAGAGGACAGGCCAGAAUUAGUGGUGAAGAAGCUUCGUUAUUAUGCUCGCUACAUAGUCGUCUGUUUGCUGCUGAACAAGAUGGACCUGGUCAAAGUUCUGGUGAAGGAGUUAUCUGAUGAAAUCGAAGAUUACACACAGCGAUUCAACACGGAGGACCAACUGGAAUGGAACCUGGUUCUCCAGGAAGUGGCGGCUUUUGUGGAGGCAGAUCCGGUGGUGGUUCUGAAUGACAACAAUUCUGUUGUCGUCACCAGCAACCGUCUGCAGGAGGGAAGCGUGCCUCCCCUGGAACAAGGCAUGGUGGUUGGCCAGCUCGUCCUUGCAGAUGCACUAAUCAUCGGCAACUGUAACAACCAGGUGAAGUUCAGCGAGUUGACCAUCGACAUGUUCCGCAUGCUUCAAGCUUUGGAGAGGGAACCGGUGAACCUGGCGAUGCAGCCGUCCAAGCAGGGAACGCUGGAACCCAAUGAGAAGCCGGCUAAAAGAGAGAACCCUCACAAGUAUUUGCUGUACAAACCCACAUUCAGCCAGCUUUUUACCUUCUUGUCUGCCUCUUUUAAGGAGUUGCCUGCCAACAGCGUUCUGCUUGUUUACCUGUCGGCGACGGGAGUCUUUCCUACUGGCAAUUCAGAUUAUGAAGGACCAUACGAUUUUGGAGGAGUUCUCACAAAUACAAAUCGAGACGUGGUGAACGGAGAGACGGUACAGAAGAGGAAUCAGGCCCAGAAAGAAAUGCACUGCCUUCACCCAGGGGAUUUAUUCCCAUUCACCCGGAAGCCGCUCUUUGUCAUUGUAGAUUCUUCAAACAGCGCAGCCUACAAGCAUUUCACGAAUCUGUUUGGGCAGCCUCUGGUGUGCCUGCUGUCCCCUGCAGUGUAUCCCAAGAGUGUUCAAGAUCAGUCCCAGCGUGGGAGUCUCUUCACGCUGUUCCUCUACAGUCCCCUCUUGGCCUUCUCCUCUGUGUGCGGACUGAGCAGCGUGCAGCGAGGCCUGUGGGAAAGGGCUCAAGAGUUUCUCCUGAAAGUCUACCGGGACAUUGGGCAGAUGAUUACUCAGUCACGGACUAUAGAUCAAGCCUUUUUGCAAUUCUUUGGCGACGAGUUCCUCCGGCAGCUGCUGAUCCGCUUUGUGUUCUGCUCAGCUGCACUCAGACUGCAUAAAGUCUUCCGGGAGUCCCAGAGCUUCCCGGAGUCGUACCCUGAGCUCCCUAAGCAGGACACGGUGGAGAACAGCCUUCUACAGAAGCAUAUCAUGGAGCUGGCAACUAUGCUGGACGUGCAGAGUCUAUUUUGGGAUGAUUCACUGGAAGCAUACUAGCAUCUUUGCUCGGGGCCAAAUGGCUUGUGUACAUACAGACUCUGCUGCCUGGGCCCUCACCCUUUUCCUUCUUUUGUUUUUCCAGGUAAUGGAAUAACUUAUUCAGAACAUAGAAGCUCACGUCACACAUUUUACUGAACUUGUGGAAGCAAAUGUUGGGCAACAUUUAAAAUAUAAUCCGCAUGUUGGGCCUGAGAGUAAACCCAGACCCCCCGAUCCACAUCCCGAUGUGGGGUUAGAACCUGCAGCCUCUUACUUUAAGCUCACAGAAUUAUUAGCCGCCUCGGUUUUGCGUUGCAAAAAAAAUAUGAUUUAUUUUUGUUAUUAGAGGGAAGGUUGCGUUCGCCUAAAAUAUGGAGAAUUGAAGAAGCCUGAGUAUCUUCCAGUCGUGACUGUAUCUCUGUGUAUGAAGGCAAAAGCCUUGGCUGCAUCACUACAUUGGAACAAUGUGUACGAUGUUAGUACAUCGCCUGCUGGCUUAGAAGCUGACGCUACUGGGGUUCGCCGGUAACGUUGUGCAGUUACUGGCUGUAUAUAAAAGCUUGACUCGUAGCAGGUUCAGGUGCAUGAGGUCAUGUUCUGUCGAGUGUCCUCAUCACUUUGAAAAAGUAUCACAAACCAGCGAUCCGUAUAAUAGCUUCUAUUGUCCGUUGCCCUCGUUGCUUUCCCAUAUCACUGUGCUGUAUUUGCAUGCAAAAGGGCAAGAAAUGUAUCCAUGUAGUUGUUUUUUUUAUCGCGCUGUGAGUCUCUGAAAGGCUCGUCGAUUUGAAAUGGUUGGCUAGUAGAUGGAGCCGGUGCAUGUGUUGCAUGGGCCCGUACCUGUACUUGUUUGUAAGCAAAUGAAGACGACACAGUAUGCGACAGAGGAGGUGAAGGGAGGCCGCGUGGUCGGCACACUCGCACGCCUCAUCCUUCGGUUAGCCCUCAAGUGACGCACCUCCGUAACCUUAAAUGCUGGGCGCUUUUAUUCCGUUCGUGGUGUGGAACACGGUUGGCUUCCUCGCGCGUCGGCUCCUCGGGUUCCACUCGUACCGUCGAUCCAAAAAGCCAGCAGAUGCGCGCUGGUCGGGCGGCAUCCAGGCGGCACCGUCACGAGCGGGGCGUCAGAUCGGACUUCUACUUCCACAGUCAGAAUCUGAUGGGAGCAGAGAUGCAGAUGUAGAAAUGCAUUUCAAAUCACCUGCGGAUGUUUUUGCAACCUCACUUGAAAAAAAAACUGUAUUGCAUGUGGUUUUUUUUUUUUUUAAGCUGUCGAAUCUUCUAAAACCAAUCUGGAUACAUUCUAGAAAUGCAAAAACCAGCUUCGGGCCGACAGUCUGAUCGAGACCUUGAUACUGCACACAGGCAAGAACAAUAAACAUCAAACUGUAGUUCACCGUUUGUGGAUUGUUCGGAAUGAAGUGACGCUUCAAGCUUUUUGAAUUUUGUUUUUGUGUUAGUAGUUUUUAUUGACAUUGUUACGGUUCGUGUACUGAUGAUAUGGAGCAAUGUGUUGGCACAAAUGUUUGUUGGGUAUUUAGUAAGUCUAUAAAAUGUGUGAUGAAAUAUGAAGUUGAACUUAGAGGAGCAGUGUGUAGGAUUCGGUGGUGUAGUCCCCCGAAUGGAGACCUGCGUAGAAACAUGGUGGACCCUUGAGAGGAGGACCUGCUGGCUGUGCAGAACCUCAUUAUUCCCACACGUGAGGAAUAUGAGGGUCGCUCCUGCCAGCGCGGCCCCUUGGUGUUACACACUGGUCCCCUAAGGAAGAGCCGUUAAUGAGGCCACUUUGUUCUUUGGUCAUUUUUUUUUUUUUUAAAUGUGCGACAUUCCAACUUUCCAAGGACUUGCACAGGCCGAGUUCCGCUUUUCUCAAUUUUACAUCUGUUUGGUAAAAUGAGCCGUUUCUACACUUCAUUUCUCAUUGUGAUCCACUUCCACCCCCCCCCCCCCCCCCCCGUGUUAUGAUGAUUAAGAUAUUGUAGGUUUGCACUUUUUGGAGUUUAAUAUUGUUCUGAUCUCGUCGUCGUGCUGUGAGAAUAACCCUUCCAUGUGAGCGUUCCUCAUGCCAGCCCUUCACACUGGUGACCUUCUUUUUUACUCGGAGGAGUCGGUGAUUUCAAACAUUUUCUUAAAGCAACUGGUCAUCAGCCGUCGCUGUUUUUAACAGCCUCAACUUGAAAUGUGUCAAACAUGUUUGCUGAUUUCCAAAAACUGUUGAAUGGGCAGCGAUCCCCAUGUUCACAUCACACGCACACGUUUGCCUGCUAGCCAGUGGUGCUCUGAGACGGUGCUCACGUUAGAGUUCACCUCACACUAAUGUUCUGUAUGCUCGCAUAGAAGAAUAGCUCGCAUAGAAGGAGUCUGAAAAAGAAAUGUUGCGACAACCUGUUGCACCGUGUCCCUUCAGAUCCAUGAGAGCAUCACGUCUGUGGCCCGAUGGCACCGUUAAGCAUUACUUCAUUGAAAAGAAGCCCAACAGUGAAGUGACACCGGUCAAAUUCAAAGAACUUUUAGCAUGUUGAGUCUGUUUGCGUGCGUCGGUUGAGUCUGGCAGUUUCCUGCUCCACGUCAUUUGGACGGUGUAUCGGCUCGGCUUGUUUAGUUUCCACUAGGAAGCUGAGAAGUUCUUUUAAAAUAAAAAAAUAAAAAAGAUAACUCGUGUGAACUAAAUAUGAAGACGUUUGAAAGGCAUCAUUUGUGUGAUGAAGUUGUGGAAACGGAUAUUUACCGCGACGUCGACGUAAGCGAGACACUAACCUUUGCUGACCAGAUAACCAGAUAACUCAGACCACCGAGAGAUUAACGACUUAUUGACUUGUAUAAAACAGCCUCCUUUUGUAAAUAUACUAUGAUUCUGUGCAAAGGAGAUUAAGGAGAUACCUGUGUGGACCACACGAUAGGUCCUCUGUGCAUUGCAGCUGAAGGUCUCAUGUAGAUCACGCGGAGUUCAUGCCGUACUAUAAAUGCACACUAACAAUCCGGUUAAAAGCCCACACGCGCUGAAAGGAGUUUACAAACUGCUGCUGUGUACUAGAUCCUUGUUGUAUGGAAACUGAUCUGGUUUGAAGCCUGUUUUUGUUUUUGAGAAUUGGGAUUUCAAAUGAUUACGUCCCCUUUACCUGACCCACAUUGGGGGUUUCUGCCUUUACUUAUUCCCACGCCGACCGGUCCAGGAUAAGAUGAGAUGAACAGUUUAACCAGUUGUUUCGACCAGCUGCAACAAAGUUUCCCGUCAGAAAACCUCUGCUUCACAAAACAUAAUCCCUUAACAGCAGCUUUUUUCUUUUUUUCUAAGGAUGCUACAGUGCACAUAGUCCAACAUUUAUACCAUGAAGAUGCACAGAAGAAGCAGAGAAAAUUGGAGUACAUAACAGGGAGGAUUUUGAGACCGUCUUACGGGUGUGAGACAUAAUCAGUAUUACGUUCUACCAGCACAAGAUCUAAUGAAUACAUGUUUUUGACAUGCCGCAAGCACAAAACCCACUGCUCAGUAUAACGGAGCCACAUCCACGGAGAAGCAUGGUGACACCUCUUGGGAACACAACUCAAUAACUGCCGACUGAUCAAUCCUGUUUUCUCGCCAGAUAUGCAGGAGUCAUUUCUACCUUUUUAUACUCUAAAACAUGUCCAAAAGAAUGGUGAAGCCUUCCUUUACAGCAACACUUGUGACCUGCUUGUUUUGAUUUUCAGUCUGUGUCAAAUGUAUUUUCAAAACAUAAGUUUAAAAAAGAAAAAGUGCACAGAUGAUUUUUCAUUGUGGGCAGCAUGUUUGUUUAGAAUAGAAAGUGCCAAAGACUGAUGUGCUCUUGCUUUCCCAUCUUAACAGUGAUUGAGAUCAAUUAUUGUAUCAGAUGGUGUUUCUUUUGUUGUCUUUUCUGUGUUGCCAGAUGGAGCCAAUAAAGAAAAAGAUAAAUGUGGCUUCAUAAAACAA